GUAAGAGCUACACCCUGAUUGGCCGGGACUGCUCCACCCAGAGUGUGGGCGUGGCUCCGACCGCCAUCUCCUGGCUCUUCACGGUGAUGGAGGCGCGGCGGAGGAAGGGGGGCGCACACUUCUCCGUGGGGGCGUCGGCCGUGGAGAUCUCGGGCCGGGAGGAGACGCUCACCGACCUCCUGGCCGAGCACCGGGGGGCCCCGGGGGGCCCCGCCGUGGCCCUGCUGGAGGACCCGGUCUCUGGAUCUCAGCUGCAGAACCAGACGGAGAUGCGGGCGAACUCUGCCCACCAAGCGGCGUUUUUCCUGGACGUUGCCGUGGCAACGAGGAGGAGCAGCCAGGCGCCUAGCGACCAGGAGGCCCGAAGGAACUCCCACUUCCUGUUUACGUUACACCUGUACCAGGAUAGGCCGGACAAGAGCAACAAGGCAGCAGUGUCGGGCCGGAGUCGUCUCCACCUGCUGGAUCUGGGCAGCUGUGAAACGGACGUCAGCCGGACCAGAGAGGCCGGCACCGCUCAGUGUCUGUCGCUGUCGGCGCUCGGAAACGUCAUCCUCGCCCUCGCCAAUGGCGCCAAGCACGUUCCCUACAGGGACAGUAAGCUCGCCAUGCUGCUCAGCGAAUCCCUCGGCAACAUCAACUGUCGGACCACGAUGAUCGCCCACGUGUCCGACUCGCUGGCCAGCUACAUGGAGACGCUGACCACGGUGCAGCUCGCCGCCCGCAUCCACCGCACGGCGAAGAAGACCGGGUCCAAGAAUGCCUCCAGUUCAUCGGGAGGGGAGAGUUCCUGCGAGGAAGGCGUGUCACAUCUCAGACCCUCCCACCCUCGGACUGUGGCCCCCGACCAGUCCCCCCCCUCGCUGCUGUCCAGCAACCCCGACUACUCCUCCAGCAGCGACCACUCCUGCGACACCGUCAUCUACAUCGGGCCCGGAGGGGGGGCAAUCUCAGACAGCGAGGGCCCCCCAUCCUCUGUUCCCAUCAUCCCCUCCCUGAAUAGAAAGAGAGUCCAAGAUGCACCCAGGUCUGACCGAGAUCACUUAAAGUGCAACACGUUUGCAGAGCUGCAAGAGAGACUAUGGUGCAUCGACGGCAGCGAGGGGCCGGCUGCACAAGCUGCAGGGGUCAGGACCCAGAACCCCACCGAGGCAACGUCUCCCCCAAAACCGGAGAUCUACCUUCACGGGUCCUUAACAGCCACCACAUGCACCAAAAACCCUGAUCAGGACCGUACAGCUCCCCCAGCCGGGGGCCUCAUGGACUCUUCCAAAAGGACAAGUGCAGAUGGGGAGAAACUUUCAGCCCCCCCCUUUCAGCCUUAUGUGGUAAAGCAAGGUGGGACUUCUUCAGAGGAAUCAGAGCCUGUGGUGAGGGAGAAGGUCUACUUCAGAGGGGGUGUACCCAAGCCGUCGGCCUCACCAUCCUUACCGAGGACAUCCAGGGCAGCAUAUAAGUCCCCGGGAGAUGUUGUGGGUAGGACCCCCCCAGUGGGUAUGAGCCAACCUCUGGGGUCUCCUAACAUGGAAAGAGCCUACAGUCUCCGGGCUGCUCUCUUAGGAACCUGCCAGGACAGGGAUUUCUUGAGGACUACUGUUACCCUGCAGCAGCCUGUGGCCCUGAACGACGAGGACGAGCUGGUCUUUACGGUCGUAGAGGAGCUGCCCCAUUGUCUAGUCCCAGACAAUGGCCGCCCCCCCAACUCCAACUCCACCCUCCUUGGUUUCAACCGUGAGGCCUCUGGGUCUCGGCCAGUGAGCAUCAUCAGCAGUAUUAACGACGAGUAUGAUGCUUACACAUGUCGACAAGGAGCCGUGGGACCUGAAGUUGGAGACUACCAGGAAGGCUUGGAUCACGGCACUCAUUCAAGAAUGAGGCUUUACUUACAGGACAAUGUAAAGGCAUCAGAGGAUCCAUCCGAGUUAUUUCAGAAAAAGCCAUUGCACAACAUCCAGAGUUCCCUUAAUGACAUUGGUUUCUCAGAGCUGGACCGUGUCCCUGCUCCACCUUCUUCCAACUUAUCAGGAACAGGAACUCUGAGGAUGUGUCGACAAGGAGCUGCGGGAUCUUUGGUUGUUGUUGGAUUUAACUCCCAGGAGGGCUUGUUUUCCCAACAUGACGACACACAGCCGACUGUUGGCUCGUUGCCGAGUGAAGCGAGUGCUGAUUUGUCAGAAAGGGAAAGCGCUCAUUCAACAAAUAAAAACGUACGCAAAAAAAUCCUUGACCCCACGCUAAGCUCACCCAGUUUGUUUCAGAAACAGCUAUUUCUGCAGGAUGGCAUCAAGAGCUCCUUUACUGACAGCGGGGUCUUUUUCUCAGAGCUGGACAGUGACCCUGCUACUCCAACCAAAACCUCUUUUAAGUGCCCCCCAACCCCAUCCCCCAAAGACUUUCUGAAAGGCACUCCCAAAGUGAGUACUCUGAACAAACCAGCAUCAACCCAGAUUCCUGAUCACGCCGCCCACUCCAGUCUUCCCAGGAAAAACAAGCCUACCUCAUUUGCACCUGUCAGACAUGAUGGCUUUCAGUUCGAUCCGAGAGAGGAUGAGUUUGUCUCUGCAGGUAAGCCACCGAGAAGUGGCGUGAGUCGUGGUUCCUCUAAGAGGCCUGGAGGGAACAGUAACAGUGUUCCCCGCCCACCCAAGACACAAAUGUCAUCUUCAGGUCAUAGGGUUGUGGAUGGUUGUGAGAAGAACAGAAGAGCAGAUACUCUCAUCAAGCUGCAGGGGGCAACAACUUUAGAAACUGUUUCUGUUCAUGAGUCAGUCACAGGGAACCAGAGGUUUUCAUCCUUGGGAAAGAAGUCAAAUGGGCAGAAAAGCAGCAGUAUGAUCUCCAAGUCUGGAUCUGAAAACGUGUCCCCUCCAGUGCGAGCUGUCAAGCAGUCAAUCCAAGAACAAAAGACAAGGACUGCGGUAUGUCCAAGUGCCUUUCAAACAAGUAGAGACAACGGGAGGUUUUCAUUCCCUAGUACAUCAACCUCAGAGGAAGAAUUCCACAUCAAGCUUCAGGCGGAUUCAUUUAGCCACAGGGCAGGUAGUUUAAAAACAGACCCUGCAAGGACGUCUUCAGGCCUGAAGACACGAGGAUCUAAAGCAGAAUCGUCCAGGUGCUACGGUAGUCUGAUGUCUCUGGAGAGACAUGACGGUCAAUCUUUAGCUGGCAAGCCCGAAAUGUCCAGUAGAUCGAACAGAUCAGUGCCAAGACUCGAGGUUCCAGCCUUCACCCCCACAUCUGCUUCUUCCUCAGAAAUGUCUCUCGGCGUCUUUGCAACUCCAAGCAAUCCUCGGCCGGUGAAAGGCACCAACAGCAGCUCGCCAGCAGCAGUUUCUGCAGGAGCGAAUGUACGACCUGUGUCUACAAGCGGCUCAAAGAGCCCGAUCUGCCCUAAAGCACUGGAUGUAACAACUGGCCGAAGCACCAGCAUACCGCCAACUUCUCCUGCUCGGUUGGGGGUGGGACCUAAGACAGGAAGAGGCACCGUCAUGGGCACAAAGCAGGCCAUCUCUAGGGCGGCUAACAGCCGGGUUAGCGAGCUAGCCGCUAGCCAGAAACUCAACAGCGGGGUGGGAGUAACAGGAAGUGAUGUCACUGACAGCGGGACACCGCUUCCUUCCCCUUACAGCAAGAUCACGGCACCGCGGAGGCCUCAGCGCUACAGCAGCGGACACGGCAGCGACAACAGCAGCGUCCUCAGCGGAGAGCUGCCCCCCGCCAUGGGACGCACCGCCCUGUUCUACCACAGUGGGGGGAGCAGUGGCUACGAGAGCAUGAUCAGGGACAGCGAGACCACCGGCAGCAUGUCUUCGGCACGCGAGUACAUGAGCAAUACCCGGGGGGCCUCGUCCAAUAGGAGCAGGGUCUCUAAAUCGCCCAAGAAGAGAGGAAAUG